AUGACUGUUUACACCACCAUGCAGACUCUGACCAAGCAGGACACCAUGCUGAAGGCCAUGCUCAGCGGCCGGAUGGAGGUCCUCACCGACAGCAAAGGCUGGAUUUUGAUUGACCACUGCGGCAAACAUUUUGGGACCAUAUUAAACUACCUGCGUGACGGUGCGGUGCCCCUUCCGGAGAGCCGGCGGGAGAUUGAAGAGCUGCUGGCAGAAGCCAAAUAUUAUCUGGUCCAAGGCCUGGUGGACGAGUGCCAGGCUGCCCUGCAGAACAAAGAUGUCUAUGAGCCCUUCUGCAAGGUGCCCAUUAUCACGUCCUCCAAAGAAGAACAGAAACUUAUAGCCACAUCUAAUAAGGUGAGCAGCUCUUUUGAUCAGGCGUUCCAUCGUCUGUGUUCGAAGCUUGGCGCAUUCACAAGUUACUGA